UCUUCUUCAACCAAGAAAAAGAAACCGAAAAAAUGGCUCCAACCCCAUCUUCUUCUUCAAAACAAGGCCAAACCCAGAUGAGAACACCCCAAUCGAAGCAUCGUCUAAACUUCUCAUCAACAAGAACCAAUCCGCACCCAUCACCCAACCCAAACUCAUUAGCCAGAGAAAACCCACCAGGGGAACACCCUGUAGAAGUCAUCGGCAGAAUAAGGAACUACCCUGGUGACCAGAAAGAUAAAAACCCCAUCUCAUUUCUCCAAAUCAAUCCUGAUAACCAGACCCUCCGUGUCCGUGCUGAUAUCGGCUACCGGGAUUUUUCCCUGGAUGGGAUUUCUUCUUCUGAGGAAGAAGAUCUUGAUACUUUUUACAAGAAGUUCAUUGAGUCAAGAAUCAAUGGGGUGAAAAUGGGAGCCAAGUGUACUAUUAUGAUGUAUGGACCAACCGGUUCAGGGAAGAGUCAUACUAUGUUUGGGUGUUCAAAGCAGCCUGGGAUAGUUUAUAGGUCAUUGAAAGAUAUAUUGGGAGUGCAUGGGGAGGAAGAGAGUGGAGGGGAUGGGGAAAGAUUGGGAGUUGGAACUUUUGUUCAAGUUACUGUUUUGGAGAUCUAUAAUGAGGAAAUUUAUGAUCUUUUGUCAAGUAAUGGUGGGGGUGGCUUUGGAAUUGGAUGGCCUAAAGGUGGCAGUGGAUCUAAGGUGAAACUAGAAGUGAUGGGAAAGAAAGCUAAGAAUGCAACUUUCAUAACUGGAAGUGAAGCUGGAAAGAUUUCAAAAGAGAUCCAGAAAGUAGAAAAGAGAAGAAUUGUCAAAAGCACUCUCUGCAAUGACAGAAGUUCUCGAAGUCACUGCAUGAUAAUCCUUGAUGUUCCAACGGUUGGAGGAAGGCUGAUGCUUGUGGACAUGGCAGGUUCUGAAAAUAUUGAUCAAGCAGGUCAAGUUGGAUUUGAGGCAAAAAUGCAGACAGCAAAGAUAAACCAGGGAAACAUAGCUUUGAAGAGAGUUGUUGAAUCCAUUGCAAAUGGAGAUUCUCAUGUGCCCUUCAGAGAUAGUAAGUUGACAAUGUUGCUCCAGGAUUCUUUUGAGGAUGAUCAGUCAAAGAUUUUAAUGAUACUUUGUGCAAGUCCAGAUCCCAAGGAGAUACACAAGACAAUUUGUACCCUUGAAUAUGGAGCAAAAGCAAAAUGUAUUGUUCGUGGUCCUCAUACACCGAUCAAGGACAAAAAUGAAGAUUCUUCAUCUGCAGUUAUUUUAGGAUCCAGGCUAGCAGCUAUGGACCAGUUUAUAUAUAAACUACAGAUGGAGAACAAGAUGAGAGAGAGAGAGAGAAAUGAGGCACAUAAAGAGCUCUUGCAAAAAGAAGAAGAAGUCGCAGCGCUACGAGCACUUCUGCAAGGGAAGGGUUCUGGGGUAACUGAAGAAGAUAUCAACUCAAAGGUAAAUGAGCGUACACAGAUACUAAAACUUGAGUUGGAGAAGAAACUAGAUGAAUGCAGGCGAAUGGCUGAGGAAUUUGUUGAAAUGGAAAGGAGAAGAAUGGAAGAAAGAAUAUUGCAACAGCAAGAAGAAGUUGAGAUGCUAAGAAGGCGGUUGCAGGAAAUUGAGUUUGAGUUAUGCCAUUCAAGGGAAGGAAAUUUUGAGGAGAAUGAGGCUAAGGAGUUGGAUGAUGGAAGCAGCUUUGCCAAAAGGCUAAUUGGGAUUUACGGUGAUGAGGUCCCAGGGAUGGUAAAGUCAAUGGACCUAGACAUGGGUGAUUCAGAACCAUCUAUUCGUGAUGUGAAACACACUGUCAAUCAAUCUGAAAGUAGUAGCAUUCAAGGGUAUCUGAAUCAUCCUCAGGCUGCAAAUCAUAAUAGUUUUGCACUGCAGUUUGGUUCAAAAGCAUGUCUGAGCACUGUUUAUGAGGAAGAAGAAGUAGAAGAAGAGGAGGAACACAAAGAGAACAUAGAAGAUGAAGUAGUGGAGAAAAUAAUAGUAGAGGAAAAGAGGGUAUGCUCAAGUGGGGUAGUUAAUAGGUGUACUCUUGGAGAUGAUUUCAAUUCAUUAUCGUUGGAUUCAUCUCCUCAGAAAUUUGAAUCAACGCCUAAAUGGUCGGACUCUGGAUUGACUAAUGAAUCAAAAGAUACAGCCUCUUCCAGACGAUUAAGGAUCCAAAACAUUUUUACUCUUUGUGGGAACCAAAGAGAGAUUUCUCAACAAAUGAAAACUCCAACACCUGCCAAAGCAAUGCCUGAAAACAUUGAUCCUCACUGGUCCCCAGUAAUGAUUGCUUCAGAUGAUGCUGUUGUGAAAAGACUGAACAAGGAAAACUCACCAGUUCAGAAUGUAUAUUUGGAAGUUGCGGGGCAAAGUCCAGCUUCUCUAAUGACAGCAUCUUUGAAGGAGAACCAAAACCCCUCCAAUGACUGCACUGAUGCCCAGAUUGAAGUCUUUGUGAAAUGGGAGGCAUCUAAGGAAAAUCCUGGAAAGUUUAUCACAGCAUUGAAGGUUGUAAAGGAUGCAACACUUGCUGAUCUCCGGAAGUUGAUUGACAUCCAUCUUGGUGCAGACAAUCAAGCUUUCACUUUUCUAGUGCUUGGGGAUCCAACUGGGGCACCAGUGCCAAAAGAGAAUGAAGCAACUAUAAGGGCUACCAAACUGCCAAUAUGCAACAAUGGUCAUCUUGCUUGCUUACGUCCAGCAAAGGGAGUCCAGAUAAUAAAUCAUCUCCCAUUGAGUCCCCUGGAAAACAAGCUUCCACUCACCCCAAGCAAUCGCUUCUCGCUACAAGGUGAUGAUUUAUCACCUAAGCUAUCACCUCACCUCAAUUCCACUCCCUUUAUCACCGUUCGAAGAAACUAGGAUAUUUCUGUUCAGUUGAAAAAAUUAAAGUCGAAUGACAGAACGAGUAUAUAUUCAUAUGUACUCUUCCUGAUAUCUUUAGUUAUGUUGAUAUUUGAACCCUCUGUAACAAAAUAUGUAUAAUAUUCAUCAAGUGUUUCUUCUGAUUUGUUUGCUGAAGUGUAACAAAAUAUGUAUAAUAUCAUGAAGUGUUACUUCUGGUU